AUGACGUAGGAGCACAACAGAGCGGAGUGGACGACGAGGGGCGGUGAAGCUGCUGCGCUCCGUUUACACUUCAGGUGUUCCUCCUCUGUCUGCAUAUCACUGCUUCUAGCCAUGAACUGGAGCAAGGGUGGUCCGGGAGGCAAGCGAGGCUUUGGAUUUGGGGGGUUCUCCCUGUCUGGGGGUAAAAAAGAGGAGCCUCGUUUGACCCAGAAAGCACACACGGCCUUUGGGGCAUCUGGGUCAGCGGGGGGUUACGGCAAGAACCAGCAGCUUCCAGGAUUCUACAAAAUAGGAACAAAACGGGCGAAUUUUGACGAGGAAAAUGCGUAUUUUGAGGAUGAUGAGGAGGAAUCGAGCUCCGCAGACCUGCCCUACAUCCCAGCAGAGAACUCUCCUACCAGGCAGCAGUUCCAGUCUGGAGGAGGAGGAGGAGGAGGCGGCGGCGGCUCGGACAGCGAAGACGACCCCCUCGACGCAUUUAUGGCCGAGGUGGAGAGUCAAGCAGCCAAAGAUAUGAAGAAACUGGAGGACAAGGAAAAAGAGAAAAAGCUCGUCAAGGGCAUUCGGGAUGACAUUGAAGAGGAAGAUGAGCAAGAGGCUUAUUUUCGUUACAUGGCGGAGAACCCGACAGCAGGGCUGACCCAGGAGGAAGAGGAGGAGAACGUGGACUACGAUAGUGAUGGCAACCCGAUUGCUCCUACCACCAAAAAGAUCAUCAUGCCUCUGCCUCCUAUUGACCACACUGAGAUUGACUACUCGCCUUUCGAAAAGAACUUCUACAUUGAGCACGAGGAGCUCAACAGCCUGACUGGAGCACAAGUGGUGGAACUGAGGCAGAAACUCAACCUGAGGGUGUCUGGUGCUGCUCCUCCUAAACCCUGCACCAGUUUUGCCCACUUUGGCUUUGAUGAGCAGCUUAUGAACCAGAUUCGUAAGUCUGAGUACACCCAGCCUACACCCAUCCAGUGCCAGGGUGUUCCUAUUGCCCUCAGUGGCAGGGACAUGAUCGGCAUCGCUAAAACCGGCAGCGGAAAGACUGCCGCCUUCAUCUGGCCGAUGCUGGUGCACAUCAUGGAUCAGAAAGAGCUGGAACAGGGAGAGGGACCCAUCGCAGUGAUCGUCUGCCCCACCAGAGAGCUCUGUCAGCAGAUCCAUGCGGAGUGUAAGCGCUUCGGGAAGGUGUACGGCCUGCGCUCAGUGGCUGUGUAUGGAGGGGGCAGUAUGUGGGAACAGGCCAAGGCUCUACAGGAGGGGGCUGAAAUCGUGGUUUGCACCCCGGGUCGUCUGAUUGACCAUGUGAAGAAGAAGGCCACAUCACUUCAGAGAGUGACCUACCUGGUGUUUGAUGAGGCUGACCGCAUGUUUGAUAUGGGCUUUGAGUAUCAGGUGCGAUCCAUCGCGAGUCACGUUAGGCCUGACAGACAGACUCUGCUGUUCAGUGCCACCUUCAGAAAGAAGAUUGAGAAGCUGGCGCGGGAUAUUCUCACUGACCCCAUUCGCGUCGUACAGGGAGACAUUGGAGAGGCGAAUGAAGACGUGACCCAGCUGGUGGAGGUGUUGCCGACUGGGUCAGAUAAGUGGGUCUGGCUGACCCGCAGGCUGGUGGAGUUCACUUCAUCCGGCUCCGUGCUGAUCUUCGUCACUAAGAAGGCAAACUGUGAGGAGUUGGCAACCAAUCUGCAGCAGGAGGGCUACAGCUUGGGUCUGCUGCAUGGAGACAUGGACCAGAGCGAAAGGAACAAGGUCAUCAGUGACUUCAAGAAGAAAAACCUACCCGUACUGGUGGCCACUGAUGUUGCAGCUCGUGGGUUGGAUAUUCCCUCUAUUCGUACGGUCGUGAACUAUGACGUUGCCCGAGACAUUGACACACACACACAUCGGAUUGGCCGAACAGGUCGUGCAGGAGAGAAGGGUGUGGCCUACACACUGCUCACAAACAAAGACACCUCAUUUGCUGGUGACCUUGUUCGGAAUUUAGAGGGAGCCAAUCAGAGCGUAUCCAAGGAACUGAUGGAUUUGGCCAUGCAGAACUCCUGGUUCAGGAAGUCCAGAUUUAAGGGAGGAAAAGGGAAGAAGCUGAACAUCGGAGGUGGAGGUCUGGGCUACAGAGAGAGACCCGGCCUUGGCUCUGAAUCCUCAGAGAGCAGCAGUAGUACUGCACUUGGUAACUAUGAGGCCUACAAACCUUCUACUGGGGCUAUGGGAGACCGCAUGUCUGCCUUGAAGCAAGCCUUUCAGGCUCAGUACAAGAACCAUUUUGUGGCAGCAUCUGGCAACCCUCCCAAGCUCAGCACGCACUCCAGCAGCUCUACAGGCUGGACCAGUGCAGGAAGUCUGAGCUCUCUGCCCUCAGGAACUCCAGAAGGACAGGAAAGAUCCCACAUGACAUCAUCAUCCUCCUCUUCAUCCAUCUCUUUGUACUCCUCCAUGCCACCUCCUCUAGCCCUCAGCUCGGGCACUAAAAUGUCUGGCUUCAGCAGCGCCGGCACCCUGAGCUCUAUUUCAGACUCUCACUCCUCCACUAGAUCCGGAGACGGUUCCCGUAGCGAUGACAGGGGUCGCUAUGGAGAUGGUCACCAUCGCCACAGCGACAGGCACGGCUCUGGGGACCGGGACAGGGACAGGGACCGUGACCGAGAUAGGGACAGGGACAGGGACCGUGACCGGGACAGGGACAGAGACAGGGACCGUGAUCGGUACAGCGAUAGAGACCGCCACAGCGACAGGGAUCGCCAUAGCGACAGCCGCAACGGAGAUGGCGGCAGCCGGCGGGACCGAGACGGCCGGUCUGAGAGAGACGAUUGGAGGGGAGAAAGGGGCGGAGAUAGGGCGGGGUCACAUAGAGGAGGGGAGGACAGCUUUGCUGUUCCAGAUCCACCGAAACGCAAGAAAAGCAGGUGGGACAAUUAAAGCCAACCAGUCAGUUUUCGAAAAAGCAGCUUGCUUGCCAGACACUCAGCCUUCUUAGCAGAGUCAACUUGUCUUCUUUCAACCACAAAACAACAUCGACUACUGAGCGGCACUGAAAAUACAUGUUCAAAGGAGUAAUCCAGCCUCUUUCAGCCUAAUCUCUAGGGGUGUGGUGAUGCACAUAUUUUGGUGUGAUUUGACGGAGAUCAAGAUUCAGUUGGAUUUUGUUUAACAAAAAUAGGCCCCAAAAUACACAAACCAGAUAAAAAUCUCAGCCAUUUGAGACAACAAAUGCAAGACCCUUCGAAGAGGCGCAGCAACAUGUUGGCGACACAUCUUUUAAUUUUGAUGCACAUGAAUUUUGGAAUUUUUAUGCCAUUUUCUCCCCUGUUUAGUCGUAACCAGUUCCUUUCUCAAGCCAGGUUUCCCCCCAUCACAUGAUGCUACCAAGCUAGGAGGGUGAAGACUAGCUUGUGCCACACUGCAUCUUUUCUGCCGCUAAAGCAUCAUUGGACAGAUGAACAUGCUUGGAGGAGAAGGCUAACUGCCAGUUCUCUUACAUUCUUCACACCCUUUUGAACGCGAAUGGCUGUGGCAUCGCUGGGGACUGAACUCAUAAUCUCCCGACUUCUAACGAUAGGGCCUGUUUUUCUGUCUGUGUAAUACAGUUGCACUCUUGCAUCCUUAUGAUGUGCAUCUGCCACAUAGCUGACCACAGACCAUGCUUUAAACACUUUUCCUUGCAUUCAGAAAAGAACAUAAAACCUGCUGACUCAAAACCCACUUAUAAUAAAAGCCAGUGGGCAAGUGCUUCUCCAUUGACUUUGAAUAGCAGUGAGUUUCAAGUCAAAGGCUUUUCUGUUUUUUACCAAAUGAAAGGAAACCAGUCAAAAGUAUUGUCUGGUGGUGAACUGUAUGCUGCAGAUGCAGCAGCUAGAGAUUGGGUUGAAAAAUACUGGAGUAUUCCUUAAUCUCCAACUUUCCAUCACCAUUAAGACUUCUGACCAUUUUUGCCACCCAGGCGGUUUAUGCUGUAUGACUGAGUGUGGAGGUGUGAAUUAAAUCGAAGCAGGCAAGCCUUUUUUUGUAAUAGUACAUGUGUGUGAAUCUGUCUGGAAAACCCUGAACUACAUUUUGUGUUAGGCAGUUGUAGAAGAGUGCUUUUUAUGGCACAGAAAUGAGUUCUUCUUUUUUUGUUUUUUUUUUUGUGACUCCAACAAAAAUGUUCAGCGUGCAGCCGAGCACGACGAGUUUCGUUACGGAUAAAAUUGAAGUCAAAACCUUUUUGCCUAAUUGGUUCAUUGAUUCAGAGAAUUUGUGGGUGAUCUGUUUUGUAGGUUUAGGACUUUCUUCUGUGCUUUACAGUGUACCAUUACAAGCUUGGAGCUGUUUGUACCAUUGCAUAGUCUCCUUUUCUUCUAUCUGUAUUUUUGAAUUUUUAAAACAAACAUGUGUGCUUAAAUACAAAGUCCACCUCACAUUCACCGUUGCUACUCAUCAGGCGCCUGAACAGCGUAUUCGUCUGGCAUUCGACUCUCCACUUCAAAGCCUUUUAGGACUUUAAGGACUGUAUAUCUAAACCUAUCAACGAUUAAAACGUUUAAGCACCUAUAUACCACUCAUGCUGAUCUACAUUAAAAUGUGGAAUGACAACCUGGAGUGUUGUAUGUAUGAUUUUGUCCACACUGAUCCUGUAGGCUUCAUCUAAAAAUGCUGUUCCAUUUCAUUCAUCGAAGGUGUGGAAUUGGUGUCAUUAUUCAAAUCUUAACAUCUCAGCUUGGCUUUAGUAAACUUGUUAAACCCUCUCA